CCCGCUACAUACCCCGGAAGUUUCGCCUCUACUGCUCGCCAAACUUUCUCCUCUCUGCCCCCCCCCCCCACUGUACCUGGGGUAUGUGCCGUCUCCGCCGCCUGCCGCUCCUUCCCCGGGCGUCAGGGUGGGGGGCAAUGUGCAGGGAGCAGACCCGGGCCAGCACUGGGGGCUGAGCUGCUGCUGCAAACUGCUCGCUGCCCCCAUUUUACCUUUAAACUCGCCACCGGACAGUGCUUUGGUUUCCAUCCUGAAGAAGCUAAUGUUUUGGGGCAGUGUUUGAACCAUGACCUAAAUCUUGAAUAACUUUGCAUCAAGGCCAAGUUAGCAGUUUUUCAGGUCCUCUGAAGACAAUUUAACCUACACCCUGAACUAAGACCACAAUCUAUAUAACUCUAGAAGCAGAGUUAGGAAUACAGCAAAACUGACUUGAUAGUUUGCAGGAUUUGCUGAAGUCUGGGCCCUUCGUGUUCAACAGGUGCUGAAGAAUGAAUUGAUGAAUUACCUGUUACAUUUUGAGCAGGAGUCCAGAUAAUCUAUUAUGCACAUCUUUAACUGCUCUUUUAAGAUUCCACCAAAUGGGAACAGAAGUGCUGAUGGCUGUAACUUAAUUUGGUGCCGCAGACUGACCAAGCUGUACACUGCUUCACGGGGCUGUGGGGAAUAAGGAAACAUCAGAGUUGAUGUCGCAUAACUUUAACCAAAACGAACUGGUUUGUUUGGGAGAGCGGCAAUUUCAACAGUUCUGUAAAUUAUUUCUGAAGCAUUCGGAUGAAAUCUCCAAUGGCUGGGAGUGGAGGGAAAAGGAGCUCAAUGAGGGGUACAUGGUAAAAGUACAAUUGAGAUGUAAAGAUUCCAAAAACUACUUGUGUGCAAGAGAUCAUUGCCAUCAAGACCUUGUGUCUCGUGAAGCAAAUCCUCUUUCUGAGGAAGAGGUCAGUGUGGAAAAUGUUAGCGAUGACACUGAAGAAGCCCAGGUCACAACGCCUGAAUUAAUUCGAUAUGAGUACCACGUUGUCUACUCCAGUAGCUACCAGGCACCUGUGCUGUAUUUCCGAGCUUGUUACUUGGAUGGCAGACCUCUUGCACUGAAAGAAAUUUGGGAAAGUGUUCAUGACUGUUACCAAGAAAGUCUUUCUCAGAGACUAUGGGAAACUAUCACACAACAGGAGCACCAUUUACUCGGCCAGCCAUUUUUUGUUCUCCAUCCUUGUCGAACUUCUGAAUUAAUGACUCCAAUAAUGAUUGGUGCCACGCGGGAGCAGAGGAAUGUAAAUUACAUCACAAGCUGGCUGAGCAUGAUGGGGCCAGUCGUGGGACUUGAUGUGCCAUUGAGUUAUGCCACUGCCAUGUCACAGGGCAUGACUGACCUGGAUUGAACAAAGAGAUGUUUGGAGCAAAUACUUAGUUGGUCUAUGGCUGAGAACGUAGUCAUCACUGAAUUCUGAGGAGAAGAACAACCAUCUUUAUCCAAGAUCAAAUGAACAAUUGCCUACUUGUGCUAUCGAGCUUUAUUGGCGGCUGGUUGAGAUACAUCACUCUGUGAUUAAUCUAUUUUACUGAAGGAAACUUUGACCCUGUGAUACAGUAUUGUUUUAAUUGUUAACAAAAGAAUCUGUGUUCUUCAAGAUAUUUUGUUUAAACAGUGUGGUAGUGCAAGUUAAUCUGUGCAUGUGUACUGAACUGCAGUGUAAUAAUGCACUUAACCACUAACAGAGAGAUUACAUUGUCUACUGAAAUCCUGAGAAAAUUUGGACAUGCUAUGAAACUAAAAUUGAAAAUAAAUUAGAUCAUUGCAAGAAAGGAAGAA